UGUCGUCCACGGAACUGGUGGCCUUCGCCGAUGACGUGGCUGUGGUGGCAACAGGCCAUACUACGUGGAUACUAGAGACGGUUAUCAAUCAGGCAUUGGAUAAAGUUGCCGAGUGGAUGAUGGGUGCUGGACUAUCUCUGUCGGUUAGGAAGACAGAGGCAGUCAUGUUGACGACGAAGAGGGGAUACAGUCAGCCGAGCCUCUCAAUCUUAGGCAGCCGCAUCGAACUGAAAGAGAGCAUAAGGUAUUUAGGAGUCGUGCUGCACAGGGUACUCGGGUUUAGGGCGCACGUGGAAUCGGCAGCGGCCAGUGCACAAGUCACGGCGACUGCGCUAUCAAGGCUAAUGCCUAACAUGGGAGGCCCGAGGCAGAAAAAGAGGUCCCUCCUGGCUACGGUUGUGGCAAGCAAGCUUCUGUAUGCAGCGCCGAUAUGGGGUGCAGCGAUGGCGUUUAAUCGCAAUGUAACGACGUUGGAAAGGCCUCAGAGGGCCAUCGCGAUACGGACCAUAAUGGCGUACAGGACGGUGUCAACGGCAGCGGUGUUGGUGAUCGCAGGGAUGAUACCGGCCCACCUCUUAGCCUGGGAGAGGUGCGAGAGAUAUAAGCGGAGACACGAGCCAGACGCAGCAAGGGCAACGUCAGAGAUCCGUUCAGAGACAUUGAGGAAAUGGCAGACAGAGUGGGCAAACGAGAGCAAUGGAGGAUGGACAAGGAGGUUGAUCCAAGACAUCAACUUGUGGAGGGGCAGGAAACAGGUAUUGGAUUUCCACAUCACGCAACUGCUGUCCAAUCAUGGAUGCUUUGGUGAAUACCUCCACAGGAUCGGGAAGCUGGACACGGCAGCAUGUGUGGAUUGUCAAGAACAAGUUGAUGAUGCGGAACAUGUCUUCUUCGUCUGCGGCAGAUGGUGGAAACAACGCAGGGCGCUGGAGGUGGAGGUGGAAGAGGACGUGUCCCCCGAUAACAUCGUGAGUAUCAUGGUGGAGAAACGGAGCCAUUGGUUGGGAAGCAGUUGUCAGAUUCGUCAACCUCGUCCAGUCCACAAGGGAGCACGAGGAAAGGGUGCGACAGCGGCUUAG